AUGGCAUCUUCAUUCUCAUUUUCUCUCGAUCUAAAUCUAGCUCCCCCAACACAAACAUGGGGGAAAGGGGAUGCACUAGUGUGGAUGCCCUACUUUGCUUCCUCACGAGGAUCAAUGACCGUAAACGACUCAUUACUCCUUGACAACAAUGUUGCCAUAGGAGUUGUAAGGAGUUUGGUGAUUCCCAGGAAUGUGCGCGUGCUGGGGACAAUGAAUGAUAAUCGGGUGGUGAGUGAUGUCAUGGCACUGAGCGUGCAAAGUGUGGCAUUUGUCGCAAGUGUAGGGCAUCGCCUCAUUGUGAAAUCCCAUGAGGUGCAAGUGCUAAGAGCUCAGUUGGUGGCAGAGCGGAGUUUGGUUGAAGAUUGUCAACGUGUUAUAAGGAGUUUAAAGAGGGAGACGACAAACACAGUAGAGGCGAAUCGACAUCAGCUUGAAAUAUUGUAG